AUGGCGGACCACGGCGACGGAGGUCGCUCCCACCACAACAAUUAUGAUCCCGAGUAUUACCGCGACGACGUAGCAGAUAACGACUCGCACUAUCACAAUAACUACGCGGACGACCAGUACAAUGGCCAUGGCGACUACAGUGCCCACGGCGACUACAACAGUGCCCACGGCGACUAUAACAAUGCCCACGGCGACUACAACAAUGCUCACGGCGAUUACAACAAUGACGGCUACUAUGAUGAAUCAGGAUAUUACGAAGCGCAACCACACAAUCCAUACUACCAGGACGGCGGCUACUACGACACUGACAGCCAGUAUGCCGAUGAGCAUGGCCAAUACUACACAGACGGCGCGCGAGACUAUUCCGACGCGGGCGGUCGUGGCUUCAGCGGUUCCCACAUAGACUAUGCGGCUUCCGAAAGGUCUGUCCCGGAUUCGGGGAUGGGCUACCCUGACGAUUUCCCAGCCCUAAACGCCGAACCCUAUCCCGCAUGGUCGUCAGACAACGCUCCCCUCUCCAAAGAGGAAAUCGAGACCAUCUUCUUGGAACUGGCGGCCAAGUUCGGCUUUCAAAGAGACAGUAUGCGCAACAUGUACGAUCACUUGAUGGUCAUGCUCGACUCGAGAGCCUCGAGAAUGACGCCCAAUCAAGCGCUACUAUCGCUCCACGCCGAUUACAUUGGCGGAGAAAAUGCAAACUAUCGAAAGUGGUACUUUGCUGCAUGUGUUGAGCUGGGUUCCAAAUCCGCCGCUCGCAAGUCAAGAAAGAAGUCCAAAAAGAACAACAAGGGCAACGACGCCGACCCCGACGAUGCCGACAUGGGAGACUUGAUGGCCGAGGACAACACCCUUGAGGCAGCCGAGUACCAAUGGAGAAUCCGCAUGAGCCGAAUGCUGCCGCAGGAGCGUGCGCGACAGAUUGCCCUCUACCUGCUCUGCUGGGGAGAGGCCAACCAAGUGCGCUUCAUGCCCGAGGCGCUGUGCUUCAUCUUCAAGUGCGCGAAUGACUAUCUCAACUCUCCCGUGGGGCUGGAAAUGACCGAGGAGCCUGUCGAGGAGUGCACGUUCCUCAGCAACGUCAUCACACCCUUGUACCAAUUCAUUCGCGACCAAGUAUACGAAAUUUCCGACGGCGUGUACGUGCGCCGCGAGAGAGACCACAAGCAAAUUAUCGGCUACGACGAUUGCAACCAGCUUUUCUGGUAUCCCGAAGGGAUCGCCGGAAUCGUCCUCAAAGACGGCGUGAAGCUUGUGGAUAUCCCCGCGGAAGAGCGGUACCUUAAGCUGAAGGAGGUAAACUGGAAAAAGUGCUUCUUCAAGACGUACAAGGAGACCCGGUCCUGGAUGCACAUGCUCGUCAACUUCAACCGCAUCUGGAUCAUCCACAUCACCAUGUUCUGGUUCUAUACCUCGCACAACGCCCCAACCCUCCUCGUCAAAGGCUAUGAGCAGACAAAGAACCAGCAGCCAUCAGGCGCCAAGCAGUUUUCCAUUGUCGGGUUCGGUGGUGCAAUCGCGACGUUGAUCCAGAUUAUAGCCACACUUGCCGAAUGGACGUACGUGCCUCGAAGAUGGCCUGGAAGAAAGCAUCUCAAAAGCCGGUUUUUUAUCCUCAUUUUCAUCCUAGUCCUCACCAUUGCUCCCGGCGUCAAAGUCUUCAUGUUUGCGACCAAAAAGGGCGACGCCAUGUACAAGGUUGACCUGGCAUUGGGCAUCGUGCAAUUUGUCAUUGCAGUGCUCGUGUACAUUUACUUUUCCAUCGUCCCGCUCGGAAACCUCUUUGGCAAGUUUUGGAAGAGGGAUUUUGGAACUCAAGCCAGCGAGGCCUUUACGGCCAGCUUUACUGGGCUCUCCUUCAACGCCCGCGUCACCUCGCUUUUACUUUGGGUCACCGUUUUCGGCAUCAAGUUUGGCGUGUCGUACAAGUUCCUAACCCUGUCGUACCGCGAUGUCAUCCGCUAUCUGCAGCUUGCCAAGGUGACCUGCAGCGGUGAUCACAUCUUCGGGUCAACCGCCGACAUCCUAUGCAAGAACCAAAACAUUAUUCUCAUCGUCCUCACGGGCAUCACGGAUGUUAUUUUCUUCUUUCUCGAUACAUAUCUCUGGUACGUGCUGGUCAACACGGCGUUUUCAGUGGCGCGUGCCUUUUAUCUCGGCUCGUCCAUCAUGACGCCCUGGCGAAACGUCUUUACACGCCUGCCAAAGCGCAUCUACUCCAAGAUCCUAGCGGUCCCGGAGAUGGAGGUCAAGUACCAACCUAAAGUCCUCAUAUCGCAGAUUUGGAAUGCCGUCAUCAUCUCCAUGUAUCGAGAGCACCUUCUCGCCAUCGAGCAUGUCCAGAAGUUGCUCUACUACCAGGUGCCUUCUGAAGAGACUGGAAAGCGUACGCUACGCGCUCCCACGUUCUUCGUGUCCCAAGACGACAAUUCAUUCAAGACCGAGUUUUUCCCUGCCAAUAGUGAGGCGGCGCGUCGAAUCUCCUUCUUCGCGCAGUCUUUAUCUAUGCCACUCCCGGAGCCGGCCCCUGUUGAUUCCAUGCCUACCUUCACGGUCAUGGUUCCCCACUAUAGCGAGAAGAUCCUGCUGUCAUUGCGGGAGAUUAUUCGUGAGGAGGACAAGUACUCUAGAGUUACCAUGCUUGAGUACCUGAAACAAUUGCAUCCUCACGAAUGGCAAUGCUUUGUGGAGGACACCAAAACCCUCGCAGAUGAGACUGCAGGAGCCGUGAAGACAGAAACGGACAAGGACAGCGAAAGAAAACAGAUCGACGACCUUCCAUUCUAUUGCAUCGGAUUCAAGUCUUCAUCUCCAGAAUACACGCUUCGCACCCGUAUUUGGUCAUCGCUCCGCUCGCAGACACUCUAUCGCACUGUUUCCGGCUUUAUGAACUAUGCUCGCGCGAUCAAGCUCUUGUAUCGCGUAGAGAAUCCGGAAGAGGUGCAUCAAUUCAGCGGCAACGUAGCUCGACUCGAACAGCAGCUCGAGCGCAUGGCGCGGCGAAAGUUUAAGCUGCUACUAUCCAUGCAGCGCUUCACCAAAUUCAGCAGCAUCGAAAUGGAAAACACAGAAUUUAUGCUGCGCGCAUACCCGGACCUCCAGAUUGCCUACCUAGACGAGGAGCCGCCUGAGCUCGAGGGAGAGGAACCUAAAAUCUUUUCGACGCUGAUUGACGGCCAUUCCGAGAUUAUGGAGAACGGACAGAGAAGACCAAAGUUUCGAGUCCAGCUUUAUGGCAAUCCGAUUCUGGGCGACGGAAAGUCUGAUAACCAGAACCACGCGCUCAUCUUUUAUCGUGGCGAGUACAUCCAGCUUGUGGACGCAAACCAGGACAAUUACCUCGAAGAGUGUCUCAAGAUCCGCAACGUCCUCGCCGAGUUUGAAGAGAUGGACGCGAGCAAAGUAUCGCCUUAUGCUGGCAACUAUCAAAGCAAAACCCCAGUUGCCAUUGUCGGCGCCCGCGAGUACAUCUUUUCCGAAAACAUUGGCGUCCUGGGUGACAUUGCUGCAGGCAAGGAGCAGACAUUUGGUACGCUUUUCGCGCGCACGUUGGCGCACAUCGGCGCAAAGCUGCACUACGGUCACCCUGAUUUCCUCAACGGCGUCUUCAUGACGACGCGUGGCGGCGUGUCUAAGGCGCAGAAAGGCCUGCAUCUGAAUGAAGAUAUCUAUGCUGGAAUGACGGCCAUCACUCGCGGCGGUAAAAUCAAGCACUCCGAAUACUAUCAGUGCGGUAAAGGUCGUGACCUCGGCUUUGGCUCCGUCCUUAACUUUACCACCAAGAUCGGAACCGGCAUGGGCGAGCAGUUCCUAUCCCGCGAGUACUACUAUAUUGGUACCCAGAUGUCGCUCGACCGUUUCCUGUCCUUCUACUAUGCGCAUCCAGGAUUCCAUGUAAACAACAUGUUUAUCAUGUUUUCUAUUCAGCUCUUCUUCAUCUGCCUGCUUAACAUUGGCGCCCUGACUCACGAGACUAUUCCCUGCUACUAUAAUCGCCAGAAGCCGAUUACAGACCUAUUGCUGCCCAUCGGCUGUGUCAACACUGACGCCUUGAAAGACUGGGUCUGGCGUUGUAUCCUGUCCAUCUUUGUCGUCUUCUUCAUCGCCUUUAUCCCCUUGGUGGCCCACGAGGUGAUUGACCGGGGCUUCUUCCGUGCAUGCACGCGAUUCUUGAAGCAGCUGUUUUCCCUCUCCGUCUUUUUCGAGAUUUUUGCCUGCCAGGUCUACGCCAAUGCCGUCGAGCAGGACAUCUCCUACGGCGGCGCACGCUACAUCGGCACUGGUCGUGGUUUUGCGACCUCCCGUAUCCCUUUUGGCGUGCUCUAUUCGCGAUUCGCCGGCAAUGCCAUCUACCUCGGCUUCCGACUCCUGCUGAUCCUGCUGUUCGCUUCCGUGACCAUCUGGCAGGCUGGGCUGGUUUACUUUUGGAUCUCGGUUCUGGCGCUGACGCUCUCGCCGUUCUUGUUCAACCCGCACCAGUUUGCCUGGACAGACUUCUUCCUCGACUACCGCGAGUUCAUCCGCUGGCUGUCCCGCGGCAACUCGAGGUCACACAGCUCGUCUUGGAUCGCAUUCUGCCGCCUGUCGCGCACGAGAAUUAUCGGACACAAGCGCAAGACCCUGGGCGAGAUAUCGAGGACCGUGUCGGACAUUACGCGGCCGCCCAUCUUGAACCUGUUUCUCAGCGAGAUUUUGUCGCCGCUCUUGCUGGUUAUCGUCACUCUGAUCCCGUACCUCUUCAUCAAUGCGCAGACCGGCGUCACCUCGGCAAAUAAUGGCCAAGAAAAGAUUGUACCGACCGAUUCUCUUAUCCGCGUCCUCAUCAUUGCUGUCGCGCCGGUGGGUGUGAAUCUGGCUAUCCUUGCCGCCAUGUUUGGUAUGGCUUGUUGCAUGGGUCCUGUCUUGAGCAUGUGCUGCAAGAAGUUUGGUUCCGUGCUGGCCGCCAUUGCCCACGGCGUUGCCGUCGUGAUUAUGCUGGUUUCGUUUGAGGCGAUGUUCGUCUUGGAAAGCUUCAACUUUGCGCGUACCUUGGCCGGCCUCGUCGCCGUCAUCGCUAUCCAGCGAUUCAUCAUCAAGUUGAUCGUCACAUUGGCGCUCACGCGAGAGUUCAAGACGGAUCAGUCUAAUCUCGCCUUUUGGACGGGCAAAUGGUACUCGAUGGGGUGGCAUUCACUGUCGCAGCCCGCCCGUGAGUUGCUUUGCAAGGUGGUCGAGCUGAGCAUGUUUGCGGCUGACUUUAUCGCUGGGCACUGGCUGCUCUUCCUCAUGUUUCCGCUGCUGAUCAUCCCGAAAAUCGACACCCUGCACUCUAUGCUCUUGUUUUGGCUUCUACCGAGUCGCCAGAUACGCCCACCCAUUUAUUCGAUCAAGCAGUCUAGACUGCGAAAACGGCAGGUGGCUCGAUUCGCCGCCAUGUACUUUGUGCUCCUCAUCGUGUUUGUUGGCAUGAUUGCCGGGCCAAUCGCGUACAAUAAUUCCCAGAAGAAUGUUUCGUUUUUGAGCGACAUAUCGAAUAUUGGAGGCUUUAUACUGGUGCAACCAAACCACCAAGACAACAAUAAUACGUCCAACGAUACCACUCUAUCCACCGACACAACCAGUUCAGGCACGCCCACAGCUACACUGUCCUAA